AUGCAGUCCUUCAAGCGCAGUACGCUCUCUGCUCUGCAGAACGCCGCCCGCGCCCAGCGCCGCGGAUACAGUAAACCAACGUCUGCGUACGCCUCAACGGUCGAGAAUCUCCGGAUCAAUAGCGAGACAAAGGUCCUCUACCAGGGAUUUACUGGAAAGCAGGGAACAUUCCACGCCCAGCAGGCCAUCGACUAUGGUACCAAGGUCGUCGGCGGUACGAAUCCCAAAAAGGCUGGAGAAAUGCAUCUCGAUCGUCCAGUGUUUGCAACGGUGAGAGACGCUAUCAAAGAAACUGGCGCCAAUGCUUCCGCCAUCUUUGUUCCUCCUCCGGUGGCUGCAAAGAGUAUAGAGGAGGCAAUUGAGGCAGAGAUGCCGCUUGUCGUUUGCAUUACUGAAGGAAUCCCGCAGCACGACAUGGUUCGCAUUACCGACAUCCUGAAAACGCAAAACAAAACUAGAUUAGUCGGUCCUAACUGUCCUGGUAUAAUCGCUCCGGGCCAAUGCAAAAUUGGCAUCAUGCCUGGAUUUAUCCACAAGAGAGGACGCAUCGGCAUCGUCUCACGAUCUGGAACCCUUACAUACGAGGCUGUGAAUCAGACCACCCAAGCUGGCCUUGGGCAAUCCCUCGUUGUCGGGAUUGGUGGUGACCCGUUCUCCGGCACCAACUUCAUCGAUUGCCUCCGCGUCUUCCUCGAAGACGAGGAGACCGACGGUAUCAUCAUGAUUGGUGAAAUUGGAGGUAGCGCCGAAGAAGAUGCCGCAGAGUUCUUCAAAGCUGCCAACAAAGCAAACAAGCCGGCUGUUGGUUUCAUUGCCGGUAUUAGUGCGCCUCCCGGCCGCCGAAUGGGCCACGCAGGUGCUAUUGUGAGCGGCGGCAAGGGCGGAGCCGACUCGAAAAUUGCUGCUCUUGAGGCGGCGGGUGUCAUCGUCGAGCGGAGCCCAGCUGCCCUUGGAAAGACCUUGCACGCUGAAUUCGUGAAGAGAGAUUUGAUCUAG